UAGAGGCAACUCUAAACUGUCACAAAUUCGUAAAAGCAUUAUCGAAAACAAAAAAACAAAUUAAACAUUGUCGUUGGAGUAAGUUGAAAUUAGAGAGCUAUAAAGUCAAACUCUAGAUCCAAAAAUAUACCGUUUCGAAAUAUGGUCAAAAACUCAAAUGCCGUCAAAGAAACUGGUUUUGUAGUGGAAAAAAUUGUUGACAAACGAAUAACACCUGAUGGUAAAGUGGAAUAUUUCAUAAAGUGGCGCGGAUAUCCUAGUUCAGAAAAUACGUGGGAGCCAGAAGAAAACUGCGAUUGCCCGGCAAUGAUACAAAAAUUUGAGGAAUCACGAGCCAAAUCAAAGAAGCGUGGUGAAAAGAAGCCAAAACUUGAAGAAAUUCAAAAGCCUCGUGGUUAUGAACGCGGUUUAACAAUUGAGCAGAUUGUCGGCGCAACUGAUGCUACCGGAGAUGUUUCAUACUUGGUAAAGUGGCAUUUCUGUGAUGAAUUUGAUUUAGUAUCCGGUGCAGACUUACGUGAAAAGAAUCCGGAAUUUAUAAUCGAUUUCUACGAAAAACGAUCGACAUAUCAACGCAAUAUUAAUGAUCGGUUAAUGGGUGUUCCGGAUGAAUUAAGAAUUUUAAAUGCUGAUGGUGUUGAGGUUUCUAAUCAUAUUGCCACAGAUACAGUUGUAGCCCCUCCCCCUAACGCUCCACCGGACGUGAUGGCAAUGACUGCCGACGUAAAUGAUAGUGGCAGCGUAGACAGUGCCGUUUCCUACUCUAUUCCUGUGCCAGGCGUUGGCAAUAUUGCUAUCGAUGUAUCACUUCAACCCGAUGAAAACAUACAGUAAUUAACGUAUAUUUAGUUCUCACUUUUAGUAUUUAAACCUAAAUAAAACUUCUUUAACAGCUAAAAAAAGGAGUAGAUUUAUGUU